CAUUUCUAGAAUCUCGGAAACUUUUUUGGAUCUUCAAAUUUUUAACUUUUUAACUUUUUUGACUCUAAAACUAAUUCAAAGUUUUGAAAAUUAUCUACUUUAAACUUUACGACGAGUAAUAGUUUGCAACUUUUCAACUUAAUAGUAGAAUAGACUAUAAGAUUCAGGAAAAGUAGAGAGAUGGCCUCAAGCAGAGUUGACUUGGAUGCUGUGCAGAGAGAGACCGAAAGUAUCUAUAAACAAUUGCUCUCCCGAAUUGAGAAAACGAAGCCCCAAUUCAAGAAGUUGUUGCAUCUUUAUUUUGAACACGAAUUGGAUGCCAAUAAAAUUUGCGUCAUUUACGAUUUUGGAGGACCAAGCAGAUCAUUUACAUAUGCUGAAGUAGAUAAAUUAGCUUCAAGAGUUAAAUCCAGUCUUUUUGCUGCCACCGACCUGAGAGGAUUUAUUGGCGUUCUUCAUCACAAGAACCAAUUCUUCCCAAGCAUACAACUAGGGAUUUUAAGAACUGGUUGUGCUGUUCUAAAUCUUGGAUCCGACCAAGACUGGACGACUCGAGCAGAAAGGGGACGGUCAUUGCUCGGAAUGAAGUUUGUACUCGUCGGAGGAGCAUUAUUCAGUCAGUUUCACCAGUGGUUUCAAGUAAACGCAGUGAGAACCACCCUCAUAAGAUUUGGGAAUGAGAAGUUACCCCCUCGAGAAGAGGCGUCUUUUAAAUUGUUGUACCUUGUGGAACUCUUCCCAAGAGAUGGAGUCUUUUAUGAUGACAGGUUUCUGCAGCCAUUUAGAUUUGCAUAUGCAGUUGAAACGUCGGGCAGUACUGGUGACAAGAAAUUCGUUCUCGUACCCCACAAAUGCAUUACACCCAAUAUACAUGACCUAAUAUCGCGCGUGUGGAAACUCAAUUCGAACGACGUUCUCUGGGGAUCGUCGCCAAGCACAUUUGACCCAAGUGUGUGCGAUUUAUUUUGCGCACUGGGUUCAGGAGGCACUAUUGUGUACACGGCAGACGAUAUUAGGCAUGAUGGAAAUUUACUAGGACGAGUAUUUAUGAAACACAAAGUUUCUGUAAUCCAAACUACGCCAUCAACUCUGCGUAAAAUUUCAGCCGGACUUAAUGAAGUUCAUUUCUUCGAGCAUCAGAUCUCGACACUGGCUGUAUUAGCACUUGGUGGUGAAAAGUGCUUGUCCAAAUCCGAAUUGCGUGGAUUACUUUCUCUGGAAAUGUUCAAUUCAUUAAGAACAUUGGUAAAUCUUUAUGGUUUAACUGAAAUGUCUUGCUGGGCCUCUUUCGGUGUGAUCAACCCAUACAACAACGAACCUGUCUGCUCUGGAGAAGGCAUGCUGGAGACGGAGAUUAGGACCGACAUGUUCACAGGUCCUACUGCUCGGGAAGUGCCGGGCUAUUCCCAAGUUGUUAUAAAGUCGUCGACCCGAAUAUGUACUGUGAUCGAUCAGGACGGGUAUAUUAUUCAGGAAGAUCCAAAAAUUGCUUCCUCUAAUGCCGUUAUCAAGAUGGGCAAUUUGGAAAUCUCCACAGAGGACUUGGCAAUUCUGCAUGACUCAUUUCAUUUGGGUGUUGAAGUUGUCGGCCGGCUAGACACCAUCGUCAAACGCUCGGGAAUGAAGAUUCCACUCUGUCUGAUUGAGGACAUGGCUAUGGCCACUGGACACCUCAACUUUGCCCAGGGUGUCGAGCACAAUGGGAAAAUUUAUCUUAUUGUCAUCCCGAAGAAGCAGGAGUCGUCGAUUCUUGGCCUUGGAGCAGAAAUUAGAGCCUCGUUCUUUCCAAGUUUGAAACUAGAUAUCCAUCCAGAGUUUUAUCCUAACUGUGUGGUUGCAGUUCAUACAAUUCCCCUAACCACGAAUGGGAAGUUGGACGUGAGAGAAAUAGUGGAAGUUGCUAGUAUUCAGAAUUACAGAUGGCCAGGAGUGUAUAACAUCGAUGAGGAUACUGUCACCCAUGUUCUUCAUCCCCUCUGGCUAAUAGCAACAGAAAGGCCUGCAAACGUACAUUUAGCAAAUAUUGCAAAAGAAAAUUUUUAUCAAGCUGGUGGGACAUCAGUUCUCGGAAUGUGGUUACUGGAAGCUUUCUUUAACUGUCUGGGCCUAUAUGGCUCGCCUUUAUUCGGAACUUUACAGGACACUAUUUUCAAAAAGUUGUCCGUCACCACGUUCGCUGGUAUAUGCCACUACUUGACAAAGGAGGUCGAAAAACAGCCUAAAACAGCCCAAGUUGCAAUUGUUUCUGCCGAAAUGGUCACUAGCCACACGAUGAAUACAACAGCAAUUGAUAUUGCCCAAGAUUAUUGGGAUUUUCCCUGGGGACCUGGACCCGACGAAGUUGACUAUGAUAGCGUGUUUGACGCGAUCGAACAAGCACGUUUAAAUGACCCUUCCGCUCCUAGCAAUUUCGUCAUUACCCACCCUGUCAAAGUCGUCAGAGUUUUCGAAUAUAACAUGAAUGUUUGCAUUGAUGCAACAGCCGUGAUGUCUACUUCAGGCAUUGCCGAAGAUGUUGCAUUUGUGGGCUCGCAUUCUGGGUCUAUUAUUGCUGUGGAUACUCAGGAAUUGAGGAGGUUAGUUCGACUCGGUGAACGAUGUCCAUCGACUUUGGCAGUUGCCUGGACUUGCUACAUCCCCGGUCGAGUGGAGACAGAAGCCAUCAUUUCUAAUGAAGGUUCUUAUGCUUAUCUAGGAUGUUGUAAUGGGAAUGUCUUAAAAAUUGCCAUCGUUGAUGGAAAGGUUGAGGCAUCUUAUAUAUGUACUGGUUCGAUUAGAUCCAAAGUUGCUUUGAAUGCUGACUGCUCCAAACUUGUCGUGAUGGAUUGCGAUAAUAUCAUAUCCUGCCUCGACACUAUGAACUUGAGGACUAUAUGGACUAAGCGGAUUGGGGCUAGAUCUUCAUCAUUUCCUCCCGUAAUUGAGGAGAAUACUGUCCUAGUUACUACAGCUAUAGGCGGGGUGACUGCACAUUCCAUCUCAUUGGGGGGGCAUCAAAAAUGGCCCUCUUUGCGAGAAAAAGAGAACGGAGCGACUACGUCUCCUGCGAUCUGGAAGACGGCCCGUGGAACAUUAGCAGUCUAUGGAUUGCCUGAUGGUCUUGAAGUUAGAGGAUGUCACAAUGGAGAACUAUUAAAACAAGUGCAAGAUUGUAAUGCAACGUACACUUGGUUCGAACCUGUUGUACACAACUGCCAGGUCUCGAAUUUUUCGGAAGUGAUUCUGACAGAUACUAAGGGUCAGGUGAUGCGAGUUUCAUUUAUGGACGGGAACAUCGUCGUGCGACGGCAGAAGCUCAAAAAUCCGUUGAUCGGCCCUACCGUACUAUGCACCAGCAAUGAUAAUGUCGACCCUACAGACGAAAACAAAGUCUCCACCAAAUCGGAAAGUGGGGCGACAGCUAAUCCUGCACAAAAGUGCUACUUACUUUCUCGGCCCAGUGACUCCAACACAUUUAUGCUGUAUGGAUUAAAUACUACUAGUUAUGAAGCCCAAGAGGAGGUACUGUACCCGGUCCGCAGUGACGAGAAAAAUUUCUCAAAGUCUGUGUGUUAUAAGGACAUGCUUAUCUUUGGUGGUCGGGAUGAUAAGCUGCAUGUGAUCUUUUGCAAAUCUGCAAGACAGUCUUAGAUUCGGUAACGUUAUUUGCCAUCUACUACAGGAGAAAUUAUACGCUUUAUAUAUUAGUCAUACUGUGAUGAAAAAAUUUAUACGGGUUUUGGAAUAUACUGCAUGGUAUUUUUCAGCUUUGUAUAAUAGAAACUAUUUUGUAUAUAAUAUCAUGUAAUGGUGCAAACUAAUAGGUCGAGUAUAAAUAAAACUGUAUAGUUUUUAGAAAUCGAGUCCUCAAAACCGUUUAAAAACUCAUUUUAAUAGUAUUAUGUAAGGGUGCAAAAUAGUAGCACGUUUUUUUUGUAGAAUUGUUACCAAUUUUGACAAGAUUUUUGUACCUGUGUUCGAUCGAAUCUCAUUAUUACAUUUGUUAUUUAUUCAUACAACGAAAUGAGGGGGGUCAAGGGGGUCGACGGACCCCUUGAAUAUCGAAAUUAUAACAUGGGGCUUAUGAACAAGCACUAGAUAUAAUACGAUUUUAGGGGUCUCCAGACCCCCUGGCCCACCCAUGACAUUUCGAUGUAUGUAUUUAUUCAUAAGUUAUUAUUCAGUAAAAAAAAGUAUUUUUCAUAGUUUUAUAAUUUUCUACCUUUACUUCACAGCAAAACAAAAAUAUUUUAUCUAUACUCCAAUUUGUAUACUAGUAAAUUAGUGUGUUGUUAGAUAUUAAAAAUUGCAUAUUGUUUCAGUAAAUAACAAUCCGCACAAUUAGCAACCUUA